AUGGUCCAAAUUCACUCCGGUCCAGACUUCGGAUAUGUCCCCGUACAGAUUCUCGGGUUCGACAGUGAAGAUCUUGAGCGUCCUCUUGUCCUGCUUCAUGGCUCUCGCUUCUCUCACGAUGUGGGGGAAAUAGAACUGGACCGCCAUUUCUUGGUGCUGUUUGGGGAAACUAACCUCAAAGAACCGAUCUUGCGAGAGGAUCAACUUGGAGUCGUCAUUCCUAUUCCGCGAUUCGAGCCUCCUCGGUGGGGAGAACUGGAUUUUCUUGGAACGCAGAACCCACAUGAACUUCACGCCUCGGAACUCGUCAGUGACCUCUUCGUGGCUCUCCAUCCUAAUUCGAAUCGUGCUUUCCUUGUCGUCAAGCUGAGAAACCUAGUUGAAGACCACCACUUGAAGGAGCUGAGCUACCUGGACGCCGUCGUGAAGGAGACGUUCCGGCUGCACCUGAUUAUCAUCCAGCGGGAAGCCAUCCAUCCGUGUACCAUCGGCGGGUACGCCAUCCCGAAGAAGGCGAAAGUCAUGGUCAACGCUUGGGCCAUCCACAUGGAUCCGCAGUUGUGGGAAGAGCCUUUCUAG